UAGGCCUCGCCUCACGCGAGGCGUGGCUGUUAACGAGCGGGUGGCCGCGCUGGGCUGGGCGGGUCCGCCGUGUAGCAGGCGGCGUGGACGCGGCCGCCCAGCGGCUCCUUUAAGUCCUCGGCACCACCCCCGCCGCCCCGCCUCCCGCGCGGCCUGGGUCUAGUUUGCGGCGGGGUCGGGUCCGCGCGAGCUGCGAUGGAGCUGCACAUCCUAGAGCACCGGGUGCGGGUGCUGAGCCUCGCCCGCCCGGGCCUCUGGCUCUACACCCACCCGCUCAUCAAGCUGCUCUUCCUGCCCCACCGCAGCCGGUGCAAGUUCUUCAGCCUGACGGAGACCCCUGAGGAUUACACGCUCAUGGUGGACGAGGAGGGCUUUAAAGAACUACCUCCAUCCGAGUUCCUGCAAGUGGCUGAGGCCACAUGGCUGGUGCUGAACGUGUCAUCUCACAGUGGUGCAGCGGUGCAGGCUGCUGGGGUCACCAAGAUCGCCCGCUCGGUCAUCGCGCCUCUGGCUGAGCACCACGUGUCUGUGCUGAUGCUGUCCACUUACCAGACGGACUUCAUCCUGGUGCGGGAGCAGGACCUGUCCGUGGUGAUCCACACACUGGCCCAGGAAUUCGACAUUUACCGUGAGGUGGGCGGGGAGCCUGUGCCUGUGGCCAGGGAUGAUUCCAGCAACGGCUUUCCCCGAGCCCAGCAUGGGUCCAGCCCCACCGUGCAUCCCAUCCAGAGCCCACAGAACCGCUUCUGUGUCCUCACUCUGGACCCUGAGACUCUGCCAGCCAUUGCCACCACCCUCAUCGAUGUCCUUUUCUACUCGCACAGGUGGGCUUUGUUUGCAUUUUGUCUCUGUCCUCACACCACUGUUUGCUAUGCUGUGUCCCACUGCCUUCCGGUCCGUGCCUUGUCCUGUGUCUCAGGGUUCCUGACAGCCCAUCAUGCUCAGUUGCCCUUCACUGACCUUCGGGGAAGGCCCCGGCCCCAAAGCUGGAGCUCUCUCCUGCGGUACUGGCAGAGCCACCCCGGAGCUGUGCCCUGGUCCCACCCUCUGCUCCGGGGUCCUUUGUCUUUGGCUCAGGCAGGGUUCAUCGUCCUCCCUCCUUCCUGCCCACACCUUCCAGAGGGCUGGGCCCUUGCACAGGGCAGCAGCGACAAGAGGGUCUGCCUGGGCCUUCUGUGCCAGCCCCUUCCCAGGGGUCUGGAGGCUGAGUGGGAGGAGGUGGAGUGGGCUGGGUGGCUGGCAGAGCCCUUGAACCUCCCAUGCCUCCCCAGCGCCCCCAAGGAGGCAGCCUCUGUCAGUCCUGAACCCAGCUGCAUUCCAUUCUUUGCCUUCUCUCUCAUCGAGGGCUAUAUCUCCAUUGUCAUGGACGCUGAGACGCAGAAAAAGUUCCCCAGCGACCUCCUGCUGACCAGCUCGUCUGGGGAGCUGUGGAGGAUGGUACGCAUCGGCGGACAGCCCCUCGGCUUCGAUGAAUGUGGGAUCGUGGCCCAGAUCGCAGGCCCCCUGGCAGCUGCCGACAUUUCUGCCUACUACAUCAGCACCUUCAACUUCGACCACGCCCUGGUACCUGAGGACGGUAUCGGCAGUGUCAUCGAGGUCCUCCAGCGACGGCAGGAGGGCCUGGACUCCUGAGGCCUGUGGGCAGCAGAGCAGCCUCUCUGCUGUCUCCUUGUCUCCAGGUUUCUAGAAACUGGUUUUUUUUUGAGACACGGUCUCACGCUGUUGCCCAGGCUAGAGUGCAGUGGCGUCAUCAUAGCUCACUGC